CCAUAGAAAACACACCAAGAGCCCUCCUAAGAAAAGAAGAGUUUUUUUCUGCACAAUAUAUGGCGAACCAUCUUUUGUCAUUCUUCUUGUGCUUUUUCCUUUUCUUCUUUUCAAGCUCUUCUUCUUCGGAGGUUCAAAGGGUGCCGGCGAUUUUUGUCAUCGGAGACUCCCAGGUGGAUGUAGGCAACAACAAUUACCUUCCCGUUUCUUUUGCUAAAGCAAAUUUCCCACCCAACGGCAUCGAUUUCCCCAGCAAAGAAGCCACCGGACGGUUCUCCAAUGGCAAAAACGCAGCCGAUUUUCUAUCUCCUCCAUGAAAUAUCUAGUUGUCGCUCGCUCAUCAUGCACCUUAUUAUAUGAUAUAUAUUUUCAAUUGAGAAUCUUGUUUAGCUUAUGAAUUGUAAAAUAUAAUUUAAUGGAUUAGAGACUUCUUUUAAUAUAAGGAUCCUUUUUUA